AUGGCUAAAUGCAUCGUCAGAGAAAUCGAGAGAGUACUCCACGUCGUGGGCUUUAUUGAAACGAUUAGAGGUAGUUGCGCGUCGCUGAGACGUUGCGGCGGCACGUUCCGCGGCGCCCCCCUCUACGGUAAUGAAGCUUCCAAUAUUCCCCGCAUCGCUCCUUCUGAGUUAUUAUUAUUUCGAGGUGAUUACGAGGAAUGGGCGUGCCAGAGGCGCGUGCGCAGAAUGUGCGCGUGCGCUUGGCGCCGGCACGUCCUCACCGCUGCACUCGUCCUCGCCGCCCAUCUCAUAAAAGUGUUGUCAUGCGGCGAGACGGGGGGCGGCGGGCGGCUGGCCAAGCGCUACGUGGGCCUCUACACGGGGCCCUACUUCGACCCCUCCGCGCCCAACAACAUCACGGCUCAGCUCGGCACACACGCGUACCUGCCCUGCAAGAUCCGGCAGCUGAGCAACAAGUCGGUGUCGUGGAUCAGAAGACGCGAUGCGCACAUUCUCACCGUGGAUCGGUUCACGUUCAUCGCGGACGAGAGGUUCCAGGCCUUCCUCGUAGAGGCCACGGACACGUGGACCCUGCAGGUGAAGUACGUGCAGGCGCGGGACGCCGGCGUUUACGAGUGCCAGGUGGGCACCGAGCCCAAGAUGAGCCACUUCGUGCAGCUCAAUGUCGUCGUGCCAAAGAUCGAAAUAGUGGGCGAGGCGGACCUGUACGUGAAGGCGGGCAGCACGGUGAGCCUCAAGUGCGUCAUCACGCAGGCCCUCGAGGAGCCCGCCUACAUCUUCUGGUACCACAACGACGCCCGGGUGCUCAACUACGACCGCAGCCUCGUCGAGAUCCGCAUGGAGCGCCUCGCCCCCGACACCACGGUGGGCAAUUUGAUUAUCUACAAUCCCCGAAGAGAAGACUCCGGCAACUACUCGUGCUCGCCCUCCAACCUGGACUCUGCCUCCGUUGUGCUGCACGUCCUGAGCGAGAGCGCGUUCUCGUUCGCAGGGGAGCAGCCGGCCGCGAUGCAGCACGGCAACGCCGCGCCGCGCCCCGCGCCCCUGCCCCUGCAAGCCUCCGCGCUCCUCUCGCUCGCGCUGCACCUCGCCCUCGCCCUGCUAGAGAUAAUGCUGUGCCACGAUGAAGAAGAGCCCAAA